CAGCACCAGUUCAGAGAAAGCCACAACGGCAGGAUCCGCGAGGAGAGCCCCGCGCGCACACACGAGUACACGGACACGCGCACACGUUGAAGACGGGAGCGAGCAGCAGAGUGUGUCAACACAUGUGUCACGGCGGCGGCGGCGGCGGCACUGCGGCUGCGGAUCUGCGCUCCGGCUGCACCGACACCGACACCCACGGGCCCGCGGGGGAAAGGAACAUGGACUCUUUAGCUCCUCUCCAUCUGCAGCAGAAAGGCUAGGAGCCGCCCGAUCCCCUCGUCCUUCCCUCCCCGUAUUCCCUGCCCUGCCUGGUCGCACCCGCAAUGGCCGGCAGGAGUCCCACCCUCGGCCGGGGAGCAACGGUGGCGUCCGGCAAGGCCGACGCAGACGCCGACCCCCAGCAGGGCGCCGAGGUCUUCUGCAAGCUGUGCCUCAGCGAGCAGCCGUCUGCUGCCACCACGGAGCUGCAACGCUGCAAGUGCAUCUACUGCACAAGCUGUUUGCAGCAGUAUGUUCAGCUCGCUGUAAUGGAGGGUGGAGGGGCGCCCAUCACCUGCCCCGAUAUGGCGUGCCAAAAGACUGGAGUGCUGCUGGACUCUGAGAUUGCUCGCUUGGCUGCAGCCGAUCAGGUGGAGCUGUACCAGCGCCUCAAGUUUGAGCGAGACGUGAAGCUGGACCCCAGUAAAGCCUGGUGCCCCGUGCGUGAAUGCCAGGCCGUGUGCGACGUGCGGCCGAGCGCGGAGGGCCGCCCUGCCGCCGUGCCGUGCCCGACCUGCCACGCCACCUUCUGCUCCGGCUGCAGGGGGCCCUGGCAGGACGGCCACACCUGCCCCGAGCGCCAGCCCAUGAUCCUCCCCUCGCCAGCUCAUGAAAGCAGGUCCCGCUCCGACAGCGACUCCGACCUGCCCAUCAAGCAGUGCCCCAUGUGUGGGAUCUACAUCGAGAGGAACCAGGGCUGUGCCCAGAUGCUGUGUAAAAGCUGCAAGCACACCUUCUGCUGGUACUGCCUGCAGAACCUGGAUGGUGAUAUCUUCCUGAGACAUUAUGAUAAGGGACCGUGCAGGAACAAGCUGGGACACUCCAGGGCCUCGGUUAUGUGGAACAGGACGCAGGUCGUGGGCAUCCUGCUGGGGGUGAGCAUCAUCGUGCUGGUGACGUCCCCCCUCCUCGUGCUGGCGUCGCCCUGCAUCCUGUGCUGCGUCUGCAAGCCCUGCAGAGGGAAGAAGAAAAAGAAGAAGAAGAGGAAGAAGGACCCCAGCCAGCCGGACCCCUCCACAUCAUAGCAGCUCCCGCUCUCAUCUGCAGGCCCAGGAUCACUCCGCUAACCCGACGAAAGCCAACCAAGUGCUGCACGGUGGAGAAGAAGAAAACAAAACAAAACAAAACUCUGAGACUGAGUGGCUGGUCCAGAUCAACAACUACAGACUUUAACCUUUAGCCUCUGAGAGAGGAUGUGAAGACGUCACUGAUGGAUGACGUGAACUUUAUUCUAUAGGAGUGUAAAUAUGUGGAGAAUGAAUGUAAAACGGCUGGCUUAACUAGUUUUCAGAGGCACAACAGGUACUGAGUUAAAGCAGCUGUGAAGAAACGUUCUGGACGGGGCUCUAUCGCUGCAACAUGCCACACACACACACAAAACGCUCGGUUCCAAGUGCAAAUGCCACCCUCAUGUGCCAAACGUCAUGAUGCCAAACCAGAGGUGUUAGUUAGGUGCUCAAGUGCCUCGCUCUCCAGUGCCUGGUGCUUGACUCACUUUGAUUUGCCUUCCAUUCUUAUGCAAAACAUUUGAUAACAACGGACAACCGUCAGGAUCACACAGGGUCGUAAAUCCCUCAGCAAUGCAAACCGUUCAUCGACAGCAGGAGGAGGCGAGUGGCAGCGGUGUGCACUGUGUAAUCUGUCUCGAUAUGAAACACGAUAGGGCUUCAGCGGUGCACAGACGGCUCUUCUUCUGCACAUGUUUGUUGUUUCCACCUGGCGUACGUCCCAGACCAAAGGCUCUAAAGGAUAACCUGUACUUUUUCUAAAGUGUGCGUGGGUGCGUGUGCGUGAAUAUGUAUUUAUGGGUUGUGUGUAUGCUGUCAUUUCUACAUUUUGGUUGAUGUUUCGGCAUCGGAUAUUUUGUAAAAGCACCACUGUAAAUGUUAAUAAACAUAAUGCAUUUAAACAUGCAUCAGCUGGU